UUCUUUGGUGUUGUCAUCGCGUUCUUCAGUUCGGUGUGCUUUACACAGGGCGUGUAGGCGGAAUGUAAAAUAUUCACAAUGCGUCUCUAACAGCGGUUAUUUUUCUCUUUCUGUAGCUUGUUAGGGUCGCGUCAGGUAUCUCUCUUACAUGAUACAGACGAACGAAAGCGAAGGACACCCGAGAACUAAACAACUCUUCAUUUCACACGAAGUCUAGCUCUCUUAGCUGUUAGCUAACGCCUUUGGUUAGCUAUGGAGGAGAAGAAGGAGGAGGGAGAAGCGGAGAUCCAGGAGCACGGCCCCGAACACUGGUUCUCCAAGUGGGAACGGCAGUGUUUAGCGGAGGCCGAACAGAGCGACCCGAACGAGGAGGAGACGGAGCAGAGUCAGCAGAAACUCUGGCACCUCUUUCAGAACUCGGCUACGGCGGUGGCUCAGCUCUACAAAGGUCUGUACCAUAGGUGUUAUGGCGCAGAAUGCACCCCUGCCGUAGAGUGCCCCCCUGACGGGAGCGCGGUUGAGAGUACACAACAAGGCGGAAUUAUCUAAGUUUUCUUUAAUAUUGGACGGAUUUAAAAGCGCGUGACUUUGAUAAUUUCAUUAAGGGUAUUCAGAUAAGACGAAAACAUUCGCCCCUGAUUCGGAAUAUUUGCUUUCCCGAGAAUUUGAUGUUCUCUACCGUGACAGCUAAGUGUACACUUCUGUAUGUUCCUUUUUUUAAACACAUAAAAACAAACCGGACGUUUACUCCUCCAUUUUGAUCCAAUACUCGUGCUCGUUUUAAAAUAUGAGAUCAUUUUCUUCCAAUUUUAGAAGCUAACGAGUGGAGGGGAUGCAUUCUACGACAGGGGUGCUUUCUACGGCACAACACCUGUUAGCGCUAAUGCGAGCUAACCCCUCUGCUAACGUUAGUGCUGGGCGGACAGAGACACAAAGGGCACGCGCUAAGCUAACACCGUCAGCUAUUCUCAGCCGUCUUUAAAAGAGAAAAACCAUCAGGGUUUAUUUUCACGGCUGUACUGAGUGGCAUUAAAGUGUGUAUCUUUAAAACUGCGUGUUUUAACGACGUUUUUGUGGCUCCAUUCGCGGCUACAUGACCCCGUUUCCUAGCUAGCGUUCGGAUGCUAACGCUAGCAGCCCCAAACAGCCGGUGUUUCGGUUCGAGAAGUGACCCUGUUAUCUAGCGCAUAUGUGGUUUUUGCUGAUAGAGCAGUUGUUUAAACAUCGACAAAGUGCUUGUUCAAGUAAUUCACCGUCGUGAUAAAAUAUUAUACCUCUCAAAUUUAAUGGCUCUAAUAAGAUGUUUUCGCUACGACAAACACGGACACAUUCUGCGGUUAACAGGGGCUCUCUCCCCCGGUGUUCCGGUACCAGGAUGUGGGACAGCAGCAGCCGGGCUGAGUGUGGCUCACUGUGGCCUGAUCCGUCAGAGGUCCUCCGGGGCUGAACGGAUUGAUGAACAGCUGAUCCGACAGGCCUCCAAAAACACUGAGCAGCAGAGUGUCUUUAGUAAAAGUGUCCUCUAUUACUGAGACACGCUUCAGUCCAGAGCCAAAUGUUUCGGUCCACCGUUUAAAAUCGUCAAAAUGGCGAUAGCUACACGGGGAGGAGUUGGUCCACUGAGAGCAGCCCGUUUGUUGACGGUCAGAUGAACUGAUAGUUCACUGUCAAACGAGAGAAGGCCGAGAUAUUAUGAUCGUUAUAAAUGUAAAUGUAACAGGUUUAAGGGUGGAUGUUUAUUCUGCUCCUGAAACUGAAGUUAGAAAUGACUCGAGUUCCUGUCAACUUCUGCCGUUAGCACAGACCGUCUAACGGGAAACAGAAACAGGCCCCAUUUUGUGUUGUCUGUGGGUAGGGAUGUAACGAUAACUGUGAUAUUAUUGUGACCAAUAGUAUCACGGUAUUGUUGAAAAAUGUUCAAAAAGUAGUUAGAAACGCCCUGAAAUCACUUAACAAAGUUUUCUUUUGAAAAAACCUUCAAAAUAACACAGAGAAGCAACUUUUCCUUAACCUUAAAUAACAGAGGAAUAACACGCUUAAAAAAUCAAAGAUUGGGCCGUACAAGAUCCAGAGGUCAUCAACACUAGUAAUAACAAAGUAAUGUGCCAGUGGAAUAAACAAGAACAUAAUAACAAAUAAAUAAAAUUUAAAUAAAAUGACAUUUCUUAUCGUGCAAAUUGUAAGAUUCUUCAGUGCUCAAAAAGAUCGACUCUUACAAAUAUGAAACAGAUCAACACGACACGAAACAAAAACAACCACAUGUAAACAAAUGUGUAGUUUAGGGGUUUAAAAUAACAUCAAAUAUGUAAAUCAAUCAGAUGAACCGAUUGUCUGUUUUCUCCACCAUGAGGUGUUGCUGCUGACUUUGGUCACUACUUGAGAUUGAAAUGUAAAAAUGUCUGCAGAUUUACUUGGUCUUGUUUGAGUCGUGAUCUGCGAGGGGAAACGAUGUUCCCGCUGGCGCUGAGUAGCGUCUCGGACGGCGCACCGGUUGUUGGGAUGCACAAAAGCUUCCUGGUAACCCUCGCAACCCUUUGUAGAAGCUGAAAUACGCCACGACUUCAGACUUUGUUUUCUUUGACGGUCGAAAAAUCUUUGCAACACGGUCGACAGAACUGCCCGCCAAACUGUCCUCCGCCAUGUUUACGGUACACCUGUGCCUGAAGGACUGCUGUGUGUUGCCGCUCUUCUCAGCACUGAACUGUAUCACUGUGAGCUUUUCCAGAGUGCGGCGAUUUUGGAGCAAGAAGAUGGAGCAUCGUACAGCGUUGUUUUUGUCCUACAUGAUGGACGCGCUACUUUUUCUAAAGAUGAGAGGAACGCUACUCCUCUUCUCUGGUGUUUUUGUUCUGGGGUUACGGGGACGUGGCGCACGCAUACAUGCACUGUCCGAUCAUACUCCGACUAUGCUGGUUACAUGGUAGAGAAAAUCGGAUUCCAUUCGCAUUAUCCGGGUGUCUUAAUCGAAGUUCUCAGACUCCGAUCGGAGUUCUCAAACAUCGAUUACAGUCAGACUAAAGUGUUUACAUGCUCAUCUGUGGAUAUUUUGACCGUGACCAAGCUUCUUCCUCUUCAUGAGAGGUUUCUUAUUCCUCCAUGACCCUCAAAGCAAAUGAGACCAUCAUCUACAAAGAACAUCAUUUCUUAUAAUGUUUAAUUACAAGAAAGUUUAGUUUUUUCUUUGAUCUCCUUUUGUUUACAUUGUUUGUUCUGUUUUUCAUUUCAGAUCGAGUUUGUCAGCAGCAGGGCCUCUCUCUCUGGGUGCCCUUCCAGAAUGCAGCGACAGCAGUAACUAACCUGUACAAAGGCGAGUAUUGACCUGAAAUUAUCUUUUGUUUGAGCUUUAGUAACUCUAUGAUUGAUGCACGGAAACACUGACAAUAACGCUGUUAUUUACGAUUUUCAUCAGAGAGUGUCGAGGCACGCCAGCGGAGCUACGACCUAGGCAUCCACCUGGGCUACCAGCGCAGGAAUAAGGAUGUGAUUGCUUGGGUGAAGAAACGCAGAAGAACUAUCAGGCGCGAGGAUCUCAUCAGCUUCCUGUGUGGCAAAGUACCACCCCCGCGGACAACUCGAGCCCCGCCGAGGGUCGCCGUUGUUUCUGCUAGCCGCCCCGCACAGCCAGAGACGGGCAGCUCUGUGGAGACUGACCUGCAGCCUUUCAGAGAGGCCAUAGCGCUGCACGGUAGGAAACGUUUUAAAUUAAGGAACAGCUGUCCCGUUUUUAAAAAGACUUGCAGCGGCUUUAGUUUCACAUUCUUUUCUUCCAGGUCUAAGUGGCGCCAUGGCGAGCAUCUCUGUGCGUUCAGGUCCUCCUGGUUCCCCGACUCACCCUGCCCAGCCCCUCAGUCGCCGUAGGAACGGUCUACACGACGUUGACCUCAACACCUUCAUUGCUGAAGAGAUGGCACUCCACUUGGAUUCUACAGCCAAUCGUAAACGAGGCCCUGCCCCCUGUAGUGAUGUCAUCACAGACUCACCCACGCAUAAACGUAACAGGAUGCUCUGAACUUUUCAGACACCACUAAUCCCUCCUCUGUCCGCUCCCUGGUGGCUGCCUGGACAGCUAAUGAGGCCUGAAGCCUUGGCCGACCAUCAGAAUCUCCCUCCUCUCCAUCUUAGUGUCAAUGCUCCCAAUAAAGAAACUCUCUCUCCACCUCCUCCUCCUCCUCCUCCUCCUCAUUUCUCUCUCUGUUCCUCUGGUUUUCUCCCACAGCCUCUCUAGAGUAGUGCUCUCCUACUCUUUUGAAGACAGAAGCCUUCCUCCUCCUUUAGAUUUGGUUGUCCCCAGUAGAUCUGACAGCAAAGUGAGCACACGUCACGUUGAAAAUCCUAAACUGCUGAAUGUUGCUUUUAGACAUUGUUGAUUUUGUCAGGCUCCUUCUGUGCUUCACAGCCGAUAGUCAGAUGAACCGGACUGUUGCUUACAGUUUGCAGUUCUUAUUCCUCAAGCAUACUUCCUCCUCCUCCUCCUCCUCCUCCUCCUCUGUGGAGUGCUGGCCAAACCAGACUGGACUGAAACAAGGACUCCUCAGGAGGCCGAACCACCUCCCCACUGUGUGGCUCAACUUAAAAACGCUCGUCAGCGUGUGUAUCUCAUUCUGCUGCUGCUCUGUGUGUUCGCGUUUCUGACAGCAGAACUGCCACUUAAUGUGUUGUUCUUGUCUUUGCCUUUGAGAAAGCUGCUACAGUAUCUCUGGUUGUGCAACAGUGAGGAUGUGUGUGUGUGAGAGAGAGAGUGUGUGUGUGUGAGUGUGUGAGUGUUUGUUGAUUCAGGGUUCUGUUCUGGCAGAUUCAGCGCCCACUUGACCGAUUGACUUCCUGUUUCACUGAAUUUCAUCCUAUUUUCUCGGCUCUUUAGUUGCUCGUUGAAGCCAAAAUCAGGGUUUUAUCACAAAGCAGGUCAGUCCGAUUCAGAACCGUGAUGGUUUAUUAGCAGCAGCAUCACUCGACCCUCGGGUUGUUGGCUGAAUAAUCAAAACGUCUUUUCGACUAAGAUGAGCCCCCCUCCCCCUUCCCCGUGUUCGGCUUUCUUACGAGCAGUUUUCUAAUCCUAUUGUUACUCAUAGGUAAGUUCAUGUUUACAAAUAAUCCAAAUAUUCACUGUGUCCCUUUGAGCAACAAACAUCACAAUCACAGAGAGAAACACAUCGGACUGACUUCUUACCUUCUUUUGUUUUUGCGUUUGCAGCGACAUCAGUGUUGAAAGCUUGCAUGGUACCUACUCUGUUUACAUUUGGCCUUCUGAAAGUCAGACUAGUUAGUUUCAUUUACAAAAAAAAUAAUUAAAAAAAAACACUUUUAGUUUCAACUUAAACCGACGACAUAGAAGGGGGCAGUUGCCUUGAAACAUCAGUGCUUAUUAUUGUCGUGGGCUGUAAAGCAACACUUCAGCAAGGCUUGGGGCAAGUGUUUUGAAAAUUUCACACACUGCUUUGUGAUACAAUCGUGUGUAAUGUGUGUAAAUAUGUAGGUUCUGUUUAAAUGUGGUACAUAUUGUAAAAAGAAGUGCAAAUCCAUCGGGAUGUUCAUGUACAAUUCUGACAUUAAAGAAAAAUACAAGCAUCUAAGCUGUC